AAUAGGCUGGAGCCAAUGGACACCAUCUUUGUCAAACAGGUGAAGGAAGGAGGCCCUGCCCACGGAGCUGGACUCUGUACCGGGGACCGUAUUGUGAAAGUCAAUGGAGAGAGCAUAAUUGGAAAGACAUACUCCCAAGUCAUAGCCUUGAUUCAAAACAGUGACACUACUCUGGAACUCUGUGUGAUGCCAAAAGAUGAGGACAUUCUGCAGUUGUUUUCAAGGGAUAUCACUGCUCUGGCCUAUUCCCAUGAUGCGUACCUCAAAGGAAACGAGGCAUAUAGUGGAAAUGCCAAUAACAUCCCUGAGCCACCUCCCAUAUGCUACCCACGGAUAGACUCUAAAGCCUCUGGGAUGGCCCAGGUGCCAGAGCUGCCUGCUUCCGCGGAGGCUUCGCGCGGGGCAGGCCGCCGUCCCGCCGCCGGCCAUUCGGACAUGAGCUACCGCGUCGAAAUCCCCGUGCCCCCCUCUCCACCCACCCCCUCGCAGGCUUCCAAGACUCAGACUGUGGUGUGCGUGUGUAACGAAAACGUGAGAACGGUAGCGGUGCCGCCCGAGCCCACGGACAGGGCGUCCCGCUCGACCAGGGCUGGCCCCAGUCACAGGACAGAAGAGAAUCGGUACGGUCCCGUUUCCACCGCCUCAGAACCUAAUUUGGUCAGACCCAGGGCUCAAACCACACCCGCUUCCACGGGGGGACCGUUACAGUACACCCCCAACAGACCAGCGGAGCCCUCGGGGGGUUUCUCUUGCAGCGCCUCCAGGUCUACGCAGGUCUACCCUGACAAAACCCCAAAUUCUCUCAGACCGCCCCUCACGACAUCGGGAGAUACGUUCCCGUCACCCACCUCACCAAGCCACUACAACCCUUCCCCACCCUCCGUUUCCACCUCCCCCUGCAGCCCCCAUCAGAACAUUGACUGGAGGAACUACACCACCUACAAGGAGUAUAUUGACAACAAGCGCCUUUAUAUGUACGGCUGCAGGACUAUCCAGGAGCGUCUCGACAGCCUGAGAGCUGCCUCUGCUGCCCGUGGCCAAGCCGAUUACAAACAGCAGAACAGCUCUUCAGCGCACAACCUGUCUGGGCGGCGGAGGAGCGCAUCCCAUGAUCGGGCGCGGCAGGGCCAUGGUCCGGCGCCUCUGAGAAGUGCCUCGCAGGAUCGGCUGACCGGAGCCGAGCGGUCGGCGCUGGCACGGGACUGGCCCCGAAGUGCCUCCCAGGACGCUCUCCCCUCGGCCCCCGCGGGGCUGCCGAAACCUAGGGCGCGCUCCUGUGACUACCUAGGCAGACAGGGUGAGGCUUUGUCCCCAGUUGUAGACAGGAACAGGUAUGGCAGGACGGAGGUGGAGGAAAGGUUGGCGCUGCACAGGGGAGACGAAGCCAGGUCCGUGAGGCAGUCGGGUUCAUUACGAAUGGUAUCCCAGCCACACAGGAACUCCAGUGGGUACAGCCCCGAGGGGCGGGGAGGGAGCAGUAAUUUCUCUGGGCUUCCCAUAACCCCUCUGGUGUCUAAAGGUUCAGAGCCGGCGCUGAGCUGUAGAGCCGACAGCCUAGCUACUUCUACUCCUGCCUCUGGAAGCAGGCACUCUCGGCUGCCUCUGAAAAACUCCGCCACAGACCCCUCUACCGCUGCCUCUUCGUAUGUAGCUUCUGCUCUGGCUUCCGUGCAAAGUCACAUCAGUAGCAGCACUUCCACGGACAAAGACCAAAGACGUGCCAUCGGCAACCACCUGUCCCACACAGCGCAUCAGCUACAGCCCAGGGGGAGGUCUGAGAGCCUUAAGGACCCAAGCAGAGAGACGGGACAUGGAGUCAGAUCCGCCUCCUGCUCCGCCCCAUCAAAAAAUGAGAGAACUCAGCAAAGUGGAUCUAACCCUGCACUAAGCAGUAAUGGUGCCGUGGAGCAGAGGCCAAAGGUUAGAGACUCACAGCCCAAGGCCAACGGGAAGGAGGUGGGGGGUAUAGAAGGGCCGGAUGCUACAGUGGUGGUGGUGCGGAGGGAAAAGAUCGGCCCUCAGCCCAUCCGACAUCCCUCUUACAUCCAGGCAGUGAACGAGACGGAGAGAGGCGAGCAGGCUGCGGAUGCUAACGUGUGCUGGCUACCCAACGACACACGGCGGGAGGUGCACAUGAGGAGACUAGAUGAGCAGCACAAGGUUUCAUGUUCCAGUAACCUGAAUGAUUCGCUGGACUCCAUCCCUUUCAUCGAUGAGCCGUCUAGCCCCAGCAUUGACCAUGAUAACACGCACAUUCCGGCCUCUGCUGUCAUAUCGAGCACACCAAUCAUCACCACCAUCCCAGCCAGCCCCACCUCCCCAGUCCCCGCCUUACGUCGACAGCUGUCACAUGACCAAGAUUCCUUGCGACUUAGCCUUUUUGAGUCAGAUUCUGGUACCAAAACAGAACGGUCCAAAUCCUGUGAUGAGGGUUUGGAUAAUUAUCGUGAAGAGGGAACAGGGAGAUCUAUUAAACCUAUGCCUGGUCUGAAAGGCCUUAAGAAGGUAAUAGACAAGUCUUCGGAUGAUUCCGGAUCGAGGAGGGACUCGUCUUCAGACCUCUUCAGCGAUGCCACCAAAGAAGGUCCGCUUCACUUCCGCCAGCUCAACUCAGAGGGCAAGGGCAAGCGGGUGGGUGGUGGAAUGCGACCGUGGAAACAGGUGUACGCCGUGCUGCGUGGCCACACCCUCUGCCUGUACAAAGACAAGAAGGACGGCCAGGCGCACGCUAAUUGCCAAACGGAGGAUGAGCCACUCUCGAUCAGCGUCAAAGCGUGUUUGAUUGACAUCUCCUACAGCGAAACAAAACGGAAGAACGUGCUGCGGUUGACCACGUCAGACUCCGAGUACCUGUUUCAGGCAGAGGACCGGGAGGACAUGCUGUCAUGGAUCAGGGUUAUCCAGGAGAACAGUAACCUGGACGAGGAGAACGCGGCCGUUACGAGUCGAGACCUCAUCAGUCGUAAGAUAAGGGAGUACAACACGCUGAUGAGUCCCACCAGCGGUAAGACAGAGCCAUCACCAAAGCCCUCUCGUCAGUCGUUGAGUAUUAGACAGACUCUCCUGGGGGGGAAAGGAGAGAUGAAAGCCCAGAGCCCUCACUCACCCAAUAAGGAACAGGACAGGAAGGCCAUGCAUAAAGAUGAGACGAGCCCACCCAAGGAUAAGGCGACGUGGAGAAAGGGUAUUCCCAGUUUGAUGAGGAAGCCCUUUGAGAAGAAGGCCUCCCCUGGAGUGACGUUUGGAGUCAGGCUGGAUGACUGUCCUCCUGCUCAGACCAACAGAUUUGUGCCUCUGAUAGUAGAGGUGUGUUGUAAGCUGGUUGAGGAGAGAGGUUUGGAGUACACUGGCAUCUACAGAGUGCCUGGCAACAACGCUGCCAUCUCCAACAUGCAGGAGGAACUCAAUAACAAGGGCAUGGGAGAUAUUGACAUUCAGGAUGAUAAAUGGAGGGACCUAAACGUCAUCAGCAGUUUACUGAAAUCCUUCUUCCGGAAACUCCCAGAACCUCUCUUCACUAAUGAAAAAUAUGCUGAUUUUAUUGAGGCCAACAGAAUAGAGGAUCCAGUGGAGAGACUGAAAGGGCUCAAGAGAUUACUUCACGAGUUGCCUGACCAUCACUACGAGACGCUCAAAUUCCUCUCGGCUCAUCUGAAAACCGUGGCUGAAAACUCCGAGAAGAAUAAGAUGGAGCCGCGUAAUUUGGCCAUAGUCUUUGGGCCGACUCUGGUGCGGACAUCUGAAGACAACAUGACACACAUGGUGACCCACAUGCCUGAUCAGUACAAGAUAGUGGAGACCCUCAUUCAGCACUACGAUUGGUUUUUCACUGGGGACGACAGUGGAGAACCAGUGGCCACGCCUCAGCAGGAGAACGCAGUCGAGUCUCAGCCGGUGCCAAAUAUAGACCACCUGCUGACAAACAUCGGCCGGACGGGCACCUCGCCGGGGGACGUGUCAGAUUCACCCACUAGUGAUUCUGCUAAAUCUAAGGGUUCCUGGGGCUCCGGGAAGGACCAGUACAGCCGAGACCUCCUGGUCUCCUCCAUCUUUGCUGCAGCCAGCCGCAAACGAAAGAAGCACAAGGAGAAGCAGCAGCCUAGCAGUUCAGAUGAUGACCUGGACUCUGUUUUCCCUAAAAUGGAGCUGGCGAGCCCGAGGGCGAAUCAGCACGCCCACGAGGCGGCGGUCCAGACUCAGGCUCUAACCAGUCCACGUUCCAGGAGUCCUUCACGAGACAAGAGAGAGAACAGCAAAGCUGCCGAGCUGACCCCUAAAAGCAAGAAGGAACUCAGAAACUCUUUCUUCUCCAAGGAGAAGCACCCAUCCGCACCUUCCCCGUCCCCAUCUCCCUCACCCAAACACUCAGGCUCCCCCAGUUUCAACUACCGCACGGCUCCCCCUCCGAAAUCCUCCCUGUCUGACCCCUCCUCACAGCUGGAUGAGCCAACCUCAGACCUCGGUACCAUGAGCUCAGGGGCCUCCGUGCCUCGGGCGCGGCCUAAGAAGUGGGGCUUCCCGGCGUCCCCGGCCCUCGAGCUGCCUCCGUCGGGGCUCGCGGGGGCCUCGGCCACAGCGGAGGUGAGUUCCAUCACCUCCGAUUAUUCCACCACCUCUUCCACCACAUUCCUGACGGGGGCGGAGUCCAGCGCGCUCAGCCCCGAGGUGCACUCCGUGACGGAGAGCAGAGGCGGAGAAGAGGCCGACGACGAACGCAGCGAGCUCAUCAGCGAGGGCCGGCCCAUCGAGACGGACAGCGAGUGCGACUUUCCCGUCUUCGCCAGAGGGGGAGCCGUCUCCCCGGCCCUGGAGUCGCCGCGCGGCCGCGCGUCCCCGGACAAGGCCGAACAUUUGGCAGGGGCAGAGGGAAACACCUCGCCCAAACUGGACAGCCGCCGUCUCGUCCCCUCCCAUAGGCUAAUUGAGUGUGACACGCUGUCCAGGAGACGGUCCUGGCGGCAGAAAACAGACAGUGAUUCAUCGGUGGACGGAGGCGGGGGAAGCGGGAGUCAGCCGAGCGGCAAAGGAGAGCCUACCAGGCUGUCUCGCGUUCUGGAGGUGAUGAAGAAAGGUCGGUCUACCGGCAGCCUCUACUCCUCCUCUCGAAAUGAGUCAGAGCGCACUGAGCCUGCCUGGCACCUCAAAAUCACAGAGAGGCUCAAGCUUCGCCUGCGCACUUCUGCUGACGACAUGUUUGGAGUGAGCAGCCAGAAAAACCGCUCGCCCGACGCGCGCUACAAAAAGAAGAAUAUCAGACGGAGGCACACCAUGGGCGGGCAAAGGGACUUUGCAGAACUAGCUGUCAUUAAUGACUGGAGGGAACAGGGUGGGGUGGACCAGGGUGCUGAGCUCUCGGCCGUGGACCGACUCAAACCCAAAUGCAGCUCCCAGGACCUUUCCAUCGGGGAAUGGAUUGCCCGCGAGCGCUGCCGGGCUGGAGGUUCCCAAGCCAGCCUGGAUCCAGAGUUCCAGGCCUCACAGACGGUCCCCGACGCGGACGGAGAUGAAGCUCAUGCGGUACCGGGGGAACAUCCAUCUCCAUCAGCUUCCCCCAAAGCUCCGCCCAGCGCAGAGCAGGUCAACGGGGGAGGACCGCAGGGCAAAAGCAAAUCCAGUCUCAACACAGGGGCCGACGCACACCCGCACAAACUGUCGGGAGCACAAGUUGUCCGCUCGAGAUUCUAUCAGUGUCUAUGA